AUUCUUUGCCUCUUUCACCUUUUCCGGUGGAUCAAGUAACUCGCGUGCUUGUUCUCUUUGCGAGCUAAGGCCGAAUCGGCGACUUGCACCUCCUUUAGGAUCCAUCGUUUUUCUUUAUAAACGAAAUAUCAAGCAACAUGACUACUAAAGCCGAACUAGCCUGUGUCUACUCUGCCCUGAUCCUCGUCGACGACGAUGUUGCGGUUACCGGAGAAAAAAUCCAGACCAUCCUGAAGGCAGCCAACGUGGACGUCGAGCCUUACUGGCCCGGUCUCUUCGCCAAGGCUUUGGAGGGUGUUAACGUUAAGGAGCUCAUCUCCAACAUUGGCUCUGGUGUCGGAGCUGCUCCAGCUGUUGGUGUUCCUGCUGCUGCUGCACCUGCAGCCGCUGACGCUGCCCCAGCUAAGGAGGAGAAGAAGAAAGAAGAACCUGAAGAAGAAUCUGACGAUGACAUGGGCUUCGGUCUGUUCGACUAAGUCUGAGGAUUGUUACGACAAAAGAUCUACGUUGGAUCCAAUUCCUAUUGUACAGUUAUAUUGUACACUGAAAAAUUAAUAAAAAAUUGUAAAACAAAA